AUGGAAGUGGACUCCGAAAAUGGAUUGCUGCAGAGGAAGCAAGCGACAUACCAAUCUCUGGAUGAGACUUUUCUGAUAGCAAAGGAGACUUACAAAGGGCAGCAGUACAGUCAAAUUUACUUUGCAAGGCUUCAUCUUAUGAGAACUAUGCUUUACUCCCUUUUACCCACCUGGAAACCCCAUUUGCCAAGUUGUACUGUGCUUGGACUGGAGCAAGGAAAGGAGUGCGUUAUUGUUGGAACUCUUUAUAAGCACAUGAAGCUAAAACCUUCCGUACUUGAUGAGUAUUCAAAGGAGAGGUCAGCGAGCCCACUUGUACAACCCUGCAAUUUUUUGCACUCGGACGACUAUCUUGUUCUUGAAGAUGAGAGUGGAAGAGUUAAACUUCGUGGGGCCCUUCUUUUGCCUUCUAUAUAUGUAACAGGGAUAGUGGUUGCACUGCAUGGAAAAGAGACUGGAGCUGGAGAUUUUGAGGUUGAAGAUUUAUUAGAAGCUGGCCUUCCGCACCAGAUAGAUCGUCCACUUAACUCUGGUGAAGAUAAAUUUGUUGUCUUUGUAUCGGGUUUAAGUGUUGGGAGUACCUCGGCAAAUCCUCUCCAUUUUCAGCUCUUUGUAGAUCAUAUAACUGGACAUCUAGGAGACGAAAAGGAACAAGGAAUGGCAGCUCAGAUUGUUCAAGUUGUUAUUGCUGGUAAUUCUGUUGAAAUUGGUCGGGGGCUCCUUAACGGUCAGAACUUGGGUUCUAAGGAUCAGUCAAAACUGUCAGAGCCCAUAAAAGAGCUUGAUAUACUAAUGAGUCAGAUUGCUGCAGGUAUACCUGUGGAUAUAAUGCCGGGAGAAGCUGACCCAGCAAAUUUUGCAUUGCCUCAGCAGCCUUUGCACCGAUGCCUUUUUCCUGGGUCGGCAGCGUUUAACACUUUCAGAUCCUGCACUAACCCUCAUUCCUUCGAGCUAGAUGAUGUGAGGUUUCUUGGGACAUCGGGUCAGAACAUUGACGAUCUUGCUAAAUAUUCUGAUGCGACGUGUAAACUUGAGUUCCUUGAAAGGACAUUAAGAUGGAGACACAUUGCACCAACAGCCCCAAAUACUCUAGGGUGUUAUCCUUUUACUGAUAGAGAUCCAUUUUUCAUCGAGAUGUGUCCUCAUGUCUACUUUGUCGGGAAUCAAGAAAAAUUCGACACUAGUGUGAUCAAGGGAUCUGAUGGGCAAGUGGUAAGACUUGUUUGCAUUCCUAAAUUUGCUGAAACAGGAACAGCUGUGAUGUUGAAUUUGAGGAAUCUUGAAUGCCAUGCUCUCACUUUUGGGUCUCAGUUUGACUCUUAAGUGGAAGGUAUGGACUGAAAACCCUUUAGUUGAAGGGCUGGUCGCUCUGCAAAGAAAGAUUGGAGCUAAAACGAAGAAGCUUCAUGUCGUGGUGCGCAGGUAUCUCAUUGGUUGUCUCCAGACGCCAGAUCUUAUAGCGGGUUAAAAACAGAGGACACAAUGUAACCGUAGUUUACUGCAAUUUCUAUCAGGUAGUUGUACUUGUCAGUGUACAUUCACAAAAACCCCAAAUAUAUUUCUGUUGUCAUGCUAUAAACUGGGCAAUAGAAAGUGUUUGGUGUGUUUCCUGUUA